CGUAUCAGAUCAGACGGGAGAUGAGAAUAGCGAAGAACUGGGGAGAUGAGAAUAGCGAAGAACUGGGGAGAUGAGAAUAGCGAAGAACUGGAAGGAACCGGUAUACUGCGGAAGAGGAAGAGGCAGAAGAAGAAAGAGGAGGAGAAGAAGAAAGAGGAGGAGAAGAAGAAAGAGGAGAAGAAGAAGAAAGAGGAGAAGAAGAAGAAAGAGGAGGAGAAGAUGAAAGAGGAGAAGAAGAAAGAGGAGGAGGAGAAGAAGAAGAAAGAGGAGGAGGAGGAGGAGGAGGAGGAGGAGAAAGGAGAAGAAAGGAGAAAGAGAGAUCUCGACGUCUGAUCGCGCAGGAAAAAGAUAAGACUUGGGCCAUAAGUAUCUAUGAUGCUGACCGGCUGCGCAUCUUUCGAUAGAAACAUGUAUUGAUGAAUUGAAUUGACUAAUGCUAGAAAGCGUUAUCCACCAAUUUACAGAGAAUUUCAUUUUUGGUAUAUUUAUGAGACGUAUACGAACAAAAAAAGAGAAGCUACAUCUGUAGAAAAGACCAGAAGACGUAUUGCACCUAAGUAGAUAAUCAGCAGGAAGUGGUGUUUCGACCAUCCCACGAUGAAAUCUGAUUGUCUGUAUGGUUAAUCAAUUCAAUUCAAUUCA